ACUAUUUCCUGGCUAAUAAACUAAAUAACUACACAUUUUAAGUUUGUGUAUUUAGCUAGCAUAACUUUAUUGUAUGAUUAGUUGUCUCUUUUCUAUAUUUCAAAGCAAAAUGAAAGACUAUCUGCUGUCCUUUAUGUAUAUGUUUAAUCUAAUUGGAGGACGAAUCUUUUACAUGAUUUCUGCUUGCUGUCUAUGGAUUCUUUAAUAUCUAACUUAUCAGUUAGAAACAAGUGGAACCCAUAUUCAAGCUACUUUCAUAUUUUGAUUGGUGUAAAGACACAUGUUAUAUGCCUGCUCUUAAUGUGCUAAGCUGCUGAUAUGGUAAGCUCCACUUGUGCUAGUCAUGCAUUAAUUUGCUGAUGGAGUUUAUGACUUUGACAUUAUCUGCUAUGGAGGAUUCUAAAUGAAGAAUCUUCUGGUGAUGGAAGAAAAGAGGAUUCAAUUAUGUAAUGUUUCCCCGAAAAGUUGAUUUUGUAAAUGCUUUCCUAUAAUGGGGGCACAAGAGAGAACUUUUUACAUUCUUUCAAGUAGGACUAUUAACCACAUGACUUCUUUUUAGUAAAAUUUAAUCUGCAAACUCUAGUUUUAUCACAGGGAAACCUUGAAGGAUUAUUUUUACAUGUCUACUUCUGUCUUCAACUGAAUUUCCUGAAGCAUUUUGCUGCACGAGUUGAUAUUGCAAAGCUACUAGGAAACUAACUUCUUUUUUUCCUAGUGCAGCAACCAUACCUCCACCAUGUGCGUUACUACAAAUAAAUCGACUAGGCAUUUCAGAUAUUCCAUCUGAUUGUUUGUUCUAUCAACUUAUUGAGUUUGAUGUGUGAUGGAAGUUUUGUAUAUAAUGUGUUUGUAGUUUUCUGAGAAGUGUCUACCAAUGUUAGUACAAGAAGUGCAGUUCAGGAAGUUCCUUUAAAGAUAGCCUAUAUUCCUGCUUGGAGCAAGCACAUGUAGAACAUUUAGUUAUAUGGAAAAACUGACAAGACUUAGUAGAUAGCACAUUAGGAAGAGAAAAGGAGUUGAGGCAGCAUUUUGUUUUAAAAGGUUCCCCGUCUAGGAACGAGCAUACACAAUCCAAGGAUUUGGUUAUAUGGAAAAACUGGAAUAAACCUUAGAAGUUUAUGUUUUACAUGGUAGGAUUGGUCUCACCAUAGAAUGGUGUGUCCUUAUUCCUUAAUGAGAGUGCUGAAGAAGAGAAAAAAGUUAAAGGAUUUCAAUAAGUUUCACAGAUGUACUUUUUGUGGCGUUGACUGGAUACUUAUUCAUUUCUCAUUUUCCUUCUUCUUGUUUUUUUUUUCCUUUUGCCUGGCUUCAAUGUUGUUGAUGAGGAAGGGGAAUGGAUCAGAAGAAGAUCAGCUGCAUCUUUUUUAUUAAAUCAAUGACAUGCAUAUGCACCGAGUUGUAGACCACAACUUGAUCUAAAAUAACUGCAUAAAAAUUAGGGACUGUACCUCUCUGGUGUGAUCUUUUACCCCUCCCAUUUAUGUGAUUCAUUGAUGAAAAUAUUAGGGAAAUAUCAUGGAUCAGCUGAUAUAUAAAUAUCCAUUAAAUAUGUUAAACUUAAAGUGAUAAAUGCACUUGCCAACAAGACUUUACUGGUUGUUUAAUUAUGAAAUCCCUAGUACUUCUCUUUUUGAAAUUGAAUAUCUUGUUUGACUUCACUUCCUUCAAUAAGUAAAAACUGUCUCAUAAUUCUUUAUUGAGUUAGAGUUCAAAUAAAAUUACUUUAUGGGAAGUGUGUUCUCAUGUGGAAUAGUAAGAAUUCUUUUUUUUUAUUUGGCUGGCAAUGUAAAAAUGAUAUUGCAUUAACUAGUGAACAUAGGAUACGUAUUCCAUUUACAGAAAAAGAUUAUAGGUUAGUUGGAUAGGAUGUAGUCAUUCAUAUUCUUAGUAAGGUGUGUUGCCCUAAACGUUUCUCGCAAAAAUUAACUUAGUUUUUGUUAUCCAACUAGCAAUCCUCAAAUGAAAUGAAUGACUGUGUAGAAGUUAUAGUGUAGAAACUUCAAAAUAGGUGAUCUUAAUGUUGUACAGAAAAUAGUUGCAAUUGCUUAAGUUUAAGUUGGGGUCUGCAAGAACAGCUGUUUGAUAUCUCCAAUUCUGGUAAAAGGUUGGGAAGGUGUUUGGUUACUUGAGAAAGGUUAUGUAUCUAUCCCCUUACUUAUCUUUGUAAAUUUUAUUUUUUGGUUCAUCUCAGCUCUUAAUUGGAAAUGGAAGAUGCAAAAGAUGUGAAAGGAAGUUGUCCCCAAGAAUGUGCUCCUAAACCUGAAGUUUCUGUUCCGAAGGAGGAUCACUCACAUAGUGCAAAUCCAACUAGGCAACAUAUGAAUGAAACAGCAAACUCUGAAAUUCAGGAGCCUUCCAUUAAAUCUGAUGGAGCAGGUAACAUUUCUAAAACAGCAAGUGUUCAAUCAGCUGUGCCAACAGUUCAGCAGGAAGCAUCACCUAAACUGGUAGAGGAUCUGAAAUCGUUAGAGCCUCCAACAGCUCUCUCAGAAACCAGUUCAUCGUCUAUAUUGGAUGCAAUGAAUCAACCGAACAAUACUACAGAUGCACCAACAGAAGAGCAUGAUGAUUCACCUUUAUUAACCAUGAAUUCAAACCCCGCGUCCCUAAAAGAGGAAAACCUAAAAGAAUCUUCUGAUCACAUACAAUCUGAUUCUUUAAGAGGGGAAAAAAAUAAUGUCUCACUACUUCAACACAAUAAUUCUCGAAGUAUUUAUGUUGUUUCUGCUGAUACAAAUUCUUCAUCCUCUCAAGAACAAAAACACAAAUAUAAUAUUCAUGUAGAGGUACCUAACACUGGUCAGUCCUUAACCAAGGCGUCCUGUCUCACAGUUAAGAUUCCAGAACCCAGUGCCAAUUCUAAGCCCCCUAAUAACUCUGUUAUUAACAGAGUUAAAAUUGACACAGCAGCACCAAUUGAAUCUGUGAAGCAGGCAGUGUCCAAGUUUGGAGGCAUUGUUGACUGGAAGGCUCAUCGAGUACAGACCGUGGAGAGAAGGAAAGUUGUCGAUCAAGAAUUAGCGAAUGUGCAGGAAGAGAUCCCAGUGUACAAGAAACAGUCACAGGCUGCAGAAGAAGCAAAAAUGAUGGUGGUGAAGGAACUAGAUAGCACUAAAAGACUGAUUGAAGAGUUGAAGCUAAACCUGGAGAGAGCACAAACUGAAGAGCAACAAGCGAAACAGGACUCAGAACUUGCCAAGCUCAGGGUAGAAGAGAUGGAGCAGGGAAUUGCUGAUGAGGCUAGUAUUGCAGCCAAGGCGCAGCUUGAAGUUGCUAAAGCAAGGCAUGAAACAGCAGUUUCAGAGCUAAAAAAUGUGGAUUAUGAGCUGAAAAAUCUGCAUAAACAGUAUGAUUUAUUGGUGUCAGAAAGAUAUGAUGCCAUGCAAAAUGCAGAGGAAGCGGUUUCUGCCUCAAAGAAAGUUGAGAAAGAAGUUGAGUAUUUGACUAUUGAGCUCAUCACUACAAAGGAAUCUUUAGAAGCUGCACAAACUGCACAUUUGGAGGCGGAGGAACACAGAAUUGGAGCUGCCAUGGCAAGAGAGCAAGAUACUCUAAAUUGGGAGAAAGAACUAAAGCAGGCAGAAGAUGAGCUUGAGAAGCUAAACCAGCAAAUACGGUCUUCAAAGGAUCUCAAAGCAAAAUUAGACACUGCUUCAGCUUUGUUACUGGAUCUCAAAGCUGAGUUUGCUUCUUACAUGGAAUCAAAGUUGAAACAAGAGACGGUUGAAGGAGGCAAUUUCAACGAACUGUCAGAACCAGAGAAAAGAACUCAUGCCAACAUACAAGCAGCGGUUGCCUUGGCUACACGGGAACUUGAAGAAGUGAAACUCAACAUCGAGAAAGCAACAGAUGAUGUAAAUUGCUUGAAGGUUGCUGCAACUUCAUUGAAGGCAGAAUUAAAAAAAGAAAAAUUGGAACUAGCUUCCAUCCAGCAGAGAGAAGGCAUGGCAUCAAUUGCUGUAGCAUCUCUUGAAGCUGAGUUGAACAAGACCAAGUCAGAGAUUGGCCUUGUGCAGAUGAAAGAGAAAGAAGUAAGAGAAAAGGUGGUGGAGCUUCCCAAGAAAUUGCAAGAUGCUGCCCAAGAGGCUGAUCGGGCAAAGUCACUUGCACAAACAGCUUGUGAAGAGUUGAGAAAGGCAAAGGAAGAAGCAGAGCAAGCAAAGGCAGGAGCAAGUACCAUGGGAAGUAGACUAAUUGCUGCUAAUAAGGAGAUAGAAGCUGCAAAAGCUUCUGAGAAGUUGGCGCUAGAAGCCAUCAAUGCACUGCAAGAGAGUGAAUUAGCUCGAAGCACCAAUAAUGAAGAUUCCCCAUCUGGAGUAACACUCUCUCUUGAAGAAUAUUAUGAUCUCAGCAAACUGGCCCAUGAGGCGGAGGAGCAAGCUAAUAAGAGCUUAGCUGCUGCUAUAACCCAAAUUGAAGUAUCCAAGGAAUCAGAAGUGAGAAGUCUAAGCAGGCUGGAGGAGGUUAAUCGUGAGAUGACCACUCAAAAGGAAGCUCUAGAAAUUGCAAUGAAGAAGGCAGAAAAAGCAAAGGAAGGGAAAUUGGCAGUCGAGCAAGAGCUGAGGAAAUGGAGGGCUGAGCAUCGGCAAAGGAGGAAAGCUGCUGAAUCUCUUCCACUGAUAAACACUAUCAGAAGCCCGAGAACAAGCUUUGAGGAGAGUAAAGCAUCAAAAACCUAUGAGCGUGCACCAGAGGCUGCUUCACUACAUCAUAGGUCAAGUCCAAGAGCAUAUGAGCCAGCAAGUAAUACUGAAAUUGAUACAUCUCCAGAAGUGAAGAUCCCAAAGAAAAAGAAAAGGUCCUUCUUCCCAAGGCUCUUGAUGCUUUUGGGAAGGAAGAAAUCACAGGCCAAGACAGCAUGAUGUGCUUUGGGGUUUUAGAGACUCUCAUCAUUUUAUACAACUGUCCCUUUAUUUUUCUGGUUAUUUGUCUUUGUUGACGGAGUGUAAAUUCUCACUGCUUUUCUGUAUACAUCCCGAGCAUCAUGUAUUGUACAAUAUGAAAAGUACUUCUCUCACCUUUUGGAGGGGUGUUUAUAGAACCGAGUAAGGUUGUUAUAGGUUUGGCUGAGGCCAAUAAAGUGAUUCUGUAAGUAAAUCAUCUGCUGCUUCAACUAUUUUAUCCAGCUAGUUCUCAGAUUCUGAAAUAUUGGGCUUCUUGGCAGUAUGGGUUGUAUAAUUCUAGUAUUUUCUA